CACCUGCUUUGCUGCCUUCCCUGUGCCACGUCUUCAUUUCAUGUCAACACUGUUAUUCUUUGGGCACAGAGCCUGGGGGAGGCCAAAGGAUGUGCAGCACACAGAUAUCAGGGUGUGGUGGGGGGGUUUCACACCAUUGCCACUCAGCCCCAAGUGGCAUUCUGUCUUUCAGCCCCUGUGCAGAAAGCACAGAUGCCCUGGCACUGGGCAGCCCUCAGCCUGGGUGCCCUGUCCCUGCUGCUCCUGCUGGCACAGAUCAUCCUCGUCGGACUGGGCUUCCACUACUUAGUUCAACAGGGGAGCUGCUGUCAUGGUCCCCAGUGCCUGGAGAACCUCAGCUCUGGGCUACAGGCUUUGCAAGGAAGCUGCCAGUUCUGCCCAGCUGGCUGGCUGUGGCAUGCAGGGCGCUGCUACUACUUCUCCUCAGCCAAAAGGAACUGGGAGCAGAGCAAGGAGGACUGCUGCUCCAGAGAGGCACAGCUGGUCAUCAUCCAAGCCAACAGCACACUGGCUUUCCUGACACGCGUGUCCCAUAAGGACAUCUUCCAUGUGGGGCUGAAGUUGAGCUCUUUCAGGUCUGAAUGGAAGUGGCUGGAUGGCACCACGCUGAAGGGGCUCUUCCCAAUCCAGCCUCAUGACUUCCAGACACCACUCCCCACUCUGCCAACAAGAAGUACAGGGUAUGUGUCCCAGGUCCUGAAGGUGGUAGGAGUAGAUCUGUAUUCCCUGAGGUAUGAAGGGAAAAUGCUCACCAUGAGCACCUCCAGUCCCCUGUGA